AUGCAGUCCCCCCUUCAACGGCAAUGUCGGAUAGCUCGCUGCUCAACGCCCGCGUCGGCGGAUCACCUGCUCCUGUCUGCGCCCGCCCGGUGGCGGGGGGCGGCGCCGAGCAGCCCCGUCUGCGCAGCCAAGCGGGGGGGUCACCGCGGUGAUCCUCGAGGCCUGCCCCGGGGCUUCGUCGAGUUCGUGAAGGCGUCGCUGGCCGAGCUGGCCGUGGAGCAGAUGUCGGACGAAAUGUUCGGCGCUGCGGGCAUCUUCGCCUCUCACGUCGCGCAGGAGGACCGCGACCACCUCGCCGGCCUUUGGGCGGCCGUCUCGUCCGCCCCCGUGGCGGAGGCAGAGAGGGCGACCGACAGGUCGGCCGAGCGGUCGCGGGCGUCGGCGGUGGCGGACGCGAACGACCUUGCCGACGUCCGCUGGCUGAGGCUGGAGGACUGCCAGUUGGCGCCCCCGGAGCUUCCCGGGCCGCCUCCGCCGCUGGCUGAGGGUGAGGAUGAGCCGCCGCCCGAGUGCGGCACGCUGGAGGUGCACCCCCGCGCCAGCACUGCACCGGCCUCGCUGGGCGCCACCAGGCCCUCCCCCCGUGCGGGCGCGCCUCUCCGGCCGUGGCCCUCGACGUGGCCCCGCCGGCCGCACAACCACUCGCACGGGCUGAGGCUCGAGGACGUGUGCGGGAGGCGCUGGUGCAGCGCCGACGCGCCCGGGUCGGACAGCGCGCCGCCGCGCGUGAGGCAGCGGCUCGCGUCCGCGCGCCGCAUGGCGGAGGCGCUGCGCGGCCCGGAGGCAGGGGGCCGGCCCGGCGCCGCGGGGCAGGCGCCCCGCCCGGCGGCGCGCGCCGCGUGGCUGGCGGAGGAGGAGCCCGGCCCUCCGGCGGAGCUCCGCCGCGGCGAGGAGGUGGCCCUGGCGCCGGCGCCGGCAAGCGCGGGCCCUGGCAAGGAGGCGGCGGCGGCGCGGCCGCCGCACGACAGGCCGAGGGGGCGGCAGCGGGCCCCCGGCACGGUCGGCCGCUGGCGCCGCAGGAGGGCCGCGGGGGGGCGGCGAACGCG